UAAAUCGUGACUCAGUAAGCGUAUUCGCAUUGAACAGAUGCAAUCAAGACGUACAGCUACUCAACAAAGUGCAUAUGACACAACUAAAAAUGUCCUACGACGAAGAUUUCCAAAAAUGGAUCAAAAAGAUAAUGUCGAAAAUCAUUGAAAGUUUUGGUCCAAACAUCGAUGAAGCUCAAUACGAGAUAACCGAGCCCACCGAUAUUUUUAUGUCCACUAUAUGUUAUGCGUGCGUCAAGUUUAAAAAUAGACUAACGGAUCAGAGUGAAGAACAUUCUGUAAUACUAAAAAGACCUAGACAGUUAGAAACCUGGAGACAGAUGAUGGGCAGCGACUUGCAAUUUCACAAUGAAAUAUUGUUUUACCGGAUGUGUGCUCGACCGGAUGAGAAUUUUCCGAGAUGUUUCUAUGUCGACGAGAAGCCACCUAUGGACUCAGUAAUUGCUUUGGAGAACGUCAGUAAACGAGGAUACUAUCCUUACACAUACAAAUAUAACGUUCCAUUAGAAUACACAUUAGCGGCGAUGCGCGAGAUAGGACGCUUCCAUGGCAGAGGAUAUGUCAUGAAGGAACUACAGAAAGAAAAAUUCUUCGAUAUUGUGGGACAGCUUCAAAAUUUACCUAAAUAUAAUAAGGUUCACGACUUCAACAUCAUUCUCAAUUCUCAGGCAACGCGAGCGGUGGAAUAUCUUCGCAGCCACAACCAUGACGCGGCUUUCUGCGACAAAAUGGAAGCUUUACUUUCGAAUGCAUCCGACGAAGUGAUAAACAAGACGAUUAAACCACUAGAACCUUUGUCCACAAUGUGUCACGGCGAUUUUACAUUGAAUAACGUUCUCUUCAAGAGAGAAGAUGAUGGACAACAACAUCUUCAUGCGAUGCUGAUCGACUUCGCGACAUGUAGCUAUUCGACUCCCGUCGUUGAUCUCUCUACGUACAUUAGUUUGUGCUGCUGGCAUGAAGUGAUGAAAGACAAGUUUUUCGAGAUAAUGCGUGUUUAUCACGACGCGUUGAAAGAGUAUCUGUUAGAGGCUGGCAUUUGGAAUGUCGACAAGUACUCGUAUGAUGUUUUCCUUGACGAUUACAAGAGAGGUAGUCUUUUCGGUUUCGUUAUUGCAUCUUUCUUUUUACCAAUAUUAAUGGGAUACGUCCUUAUAAAUGAACAACAAAUAAUAGAAAUAGGUAUGGCAGAAUAUUCUAAGAUAUUAAAGCAGGCAGGCGGAGAUAAAAUGUCUAAGAUCUUAGCUGAUAUAUUGCUAUAUUUGAAGGACCUUGGUUUCUUAAAACACUUUUUAUAAUCGCGUAAUGUUUUUAUAUUAUAUUUAUGUACGAUACACAUA